AUGCAGCGCCGAAUUGGCACAACCAAGGGCACGGGCGGGGAUUGCCUGAUCUUGGAGGAGGCAGCCUACUGCGAUUCGACCUUCUUCUAUGAGACCGUCGCGCCAAUCCUAUCGAUUGGCAGCACCUCCCUGCUCUGCAUCUCCACGCUCACCUCCGAAAUCAAUUUCUACACGAGGCUGAUCAAGAUGCGCGAUCCCGACACUGGCCGCCCGCUCUUUGCCGUCAAGUGCAUCGAGCUCGCCUGCCAGCAGUGCAAGGAGGACGGGAAGAGCCAUGAGUGUGUGCACAUGCUGCAUCUCGUUCCGCAGUGGCAGAGCGGGGAGAGGCACAGGAGGCUGAAGGUGGUGAUGCAAGACAGGCCCGACCUCAUCCAGUCGGAGCUGGCGGGGCUGGCGUUCGAUUCUUUGCAGCAGGCGUUCAGGGUGAAGGACAUCGAGGCCAUGCUGUCGCAGCAGGCGCCCCCGUUUGUCAGCAACCAGAACAUCUACCUUGUGGUGGACCCAGCGGCGGGUGGCCCGCAGAGUGACUACGCGGUGGUGAGCAUCGUGAGGCACAAGGGGUUGAUCACGGUAAGUGCAGGGAUGUGUGCGUGUUUUAUUCUUGCAAACACCAGUGGGAUUUCCUUUGCGCGAUUCCGCAGGGUUACCAAAGGAUGUGUCUGA